AUGGCCAAGCUGGAAUUUGAGUUUUUGAGGGUGCAAGAGGUAGUCGAUGAAGUCUCCAGCAUGCUCAUAGAGUCUAUGAGCCGGAAUAUCAAAGUCUUGCAUGGAGAGUUAGGAAAGGCCAUCGCAAAAAACAAUCAGCUAGAGGAAAAGCUCGAAGCGACAAGGCAGGAGAUAACUGACUGGAUGGCAGAGACAGACACUUUCAAGGUGGAGAUGAAGCGGUUGCUGGAGGGGCAUAAUGUGAGGGAGGCCGGAGGGCAUUGCAACAGUAUCCUAUCGUUCUCUCAGAUCCCCUCCCUAUCAAUAAAACAGGGGUGCGAAUUAUUAGGAUUGAUUAUAACUUGA